UAACCGAAUAUCUGCGAAGAUGCAGGAAUGAAUUGAGGGCAAUAGAGAAUCGAGAUUUGGGUUCUUGAAGAUGGGUGGGUACUUUAGAUCUCCAUAAAACGAAGAGGGUAAUUCUAACCGGGAUAGCGAUGCUGAAAAGAAGAAUGGGACGGUAGGGAAAAAUAGGAGCAAACAAUCGGCUGAUUCACAGGGCUGUCAGCUAUGUCGCCACCAUGAUCUUAGUCGUUCAGACAUGUUCGAGCGUGCAUUCAUGGUUGAACAUACAUGGUUGGCGAGAGAUACGUGCCUGGACAGAUAUAGAGACUGGAAAGCCGCAUUCUAACCGCCAAACACGGGACCAAUACGGUGGAUGAAUAGCCGUAGCCGAUAGGCCGUCGACCUUUUUUUAAUAGACGGGGCCAUGGAAGAGCUUCUCUUCCUCGUGUUCCUAUUUGAGUGACCCAGACGCGACUGUCAUAUAGCUACCCUUCUCUCCUUCCUCUUCUCAACCUCUCUCUAUAACUAUCCCCCUCACCGCGCUCUCUGCUCAACCCACCCCGCCGACUUGGCCUGCUCCCGCGAACGUCCCUGAUCCUGCGUUAGUUGCACGAGCGCGCACAAUGGUUGACUGGCAGUCCCAAGAAGAGAUUAUUAAGGACGGCAAUGUAUUCUCCAAGCUCAUGCAUUGUCUCUUGGGAAUCUACCUAUGGGAGUUCUUCAUCUCACUCCCUUUCGAUUUCGACUUUUUCCUUGGGCGAAAAGCGUUCAAGUGGCCUCUGAUAUUCUACUUUGCAGGGCGUUAUUCGCUCUUGUUUGCUUUGAUCGGGAUUGCCAUCGCUCUAAACGUGACCCAACCGAUUGAUUGCCAAUCCCUGUAUAUUUUCAAUCAAGUCUUCGGUAACGCCGCAAUCGGGUUUGCGUCUAUCAAUCUUUCACUCCGUACGAUCGCGGUCUGGUCACAAGCGCUUUACAUCGUCGUUCCUCUCGUCCUCAUCAUUCUCGGACAUUGGUCACUUCUCCUCCAUGGACUACUUAUCAGCGCAGCAUGGGUACCUCCCGCUGGUUGCACUAUUACCAAGACGGACAAUACGAUCCUUGCGGCGACCUUCAUCUAUUCGAUGUGCUUCGACUUCCUUGUCUUGUGUCUCACAGCAUACAAGCUACUUUUCCCAAAUAGUGGGCGGAGCAGACUUGUCAAGCUUAUUUUCAAUGAUGGCCUUAUCUUUUUCAUCGUCGCGUUCCUCGCAAACCUUCUUGCGACAGUGUUCAUGCUGCUUAAUCUGAACGCAGUGAUGUCUAUCAUUUUCAAUGUUCCUGCUGCCAUUGCGUCGACGAUUGUAGCUUCUCGUGCCGUGCGUCGCCUCACCAAGUUCACAAGCAAAGGCCCCGAGGUUUUUACGUCACGCGUUGGGCAGGCGAGCUCGACACUGGCUUUUCGUGGGACGGGCCCAUAUCGGUCAGGAACCAUGUCCAAAAAGGGAGACGGCGUUCAUAUUCAGAUGGACACAAUCACGGCUCUUGCGGAUGCUGAGCUUGGUGAUCGGUCUUUCCUAGAGUAUGAUGCAAGUGGCAAGGUUAUUGGCGAGAACUACACGCUUGACCCAACAAACCAAGAAAUCAGUGAUGAGUUCAAGCGUCCACCGUAUUAAACGAUUCCGUAUAUACCCUGGGCGUUACCCAUUUCAUCGCUGAAGCUGCUUAGACGAUUCUUGCCCCGACGAGUGCCACGUACGCUGGACAGGCGUGUCAUUUUGACUUUGACAUCGUAUCCUCAUUGUUCCGUCACGCCUUCUUCCCUGCUCUUCACUUCAUUAUACCCGAACACAUUUUCCGAGCCGCGUUGUCCGAAAAGUCCCUUCCAUGGUUCUCCAAUCGAUCCACUAAGGGAUCAUCUCGUUCCUUCUAUAUCGUUGCAUCAAAGAAUCCGAAUUAUCUGGAGCUGUCACUACUCUUCUUCUGCCCGAGACACAGCUUCUCCGUCUGCUUUAUUUCCCUGCUUGUCCGUGCUUGCCCAAAGCCAGCUUUGGUCAUCAUGUUGUCCGCCUAUGCUGUUUGUAGAUUCGUUCAACCAUACAACCAUAAAAAGACUUUUGAUAUAAAGUCGAUGUACUAGUAUUCCCCUUAUAUUGUCGUUUGUAUUGCGGAUUUCCUGUUCCUGUUCCUCAUUUUUCCUUGCAUGUCUCGGUGUCUUCUGUGCUGAUGAAUGUCAUGGCAAACGCCUUACACGUUG